GAAGUUUACUCUAGAGUCUCUGCAGGUUUUCUGUACAGAAAUAACCCUCAUGGCACUUGUAUUGACAAAUCCGGGCUUCAAUCACAACCGUCAAUUCUCGCCGUGAUCGUCCGAUCAUUUCCAUUCCUCAUGGUUUCUACGAUUUUUCCACAUUCCAGCGGAAUCUUCUCCGAUCGGCAGCCAUGGCCGCUUAAAUGAGCAGAAAAAUGGAAGUUUUUAGCUGAUGAAGUAUUCUUCGCGGAGUUGAAUGAAGUAUGAACCAGAGAGCUUUCGGAGGAUGAAUAUUCUGGCGUUGAAAUUGGGGUUACGGCUCUGCAGACUGAGAUCGUAAUCAGAGUUGUUUGGUUGACAAGAAAGUGUGGGAAAGAUUUAAUGAAACGGGGAAAAUUUUGAGAAAAAAAGGAAAAUGUUUAAAAUGAACCCACUUUUCUUUUUUCUGUUUUUCACUCCUACGUCGUUGGUUUAGGAGGGAUAACCAUGGCUAAAAAUUUUCCAUUAAUUGAUUCUGUGAUUAACCAGAACUGGAGUGAUAUUUUGUCUACCAUGGUUGGUUUGCUUGUUUAUCUUCCGUAUCUUUCAUACUUUACCUUACCAGUGUAUGAAUCUGUCAAAUAUGUGUAUGAGCUUUUUGGUUAGCUGAUAAUUUAUUGUGAUUUAAUACUCGAACUUGUAGUAGGGUAUUAUCUUUUCUUUAUUUCUUGUGUAUUAUCCAAUGCAAACAUAAAAAGAUUGUAUUUUUCAUUCUUGUUAGCAUUGAUUUGCUCCUUCCCUUUCCCAAUAUUAAUGGGUUUUGAGGAUCCGCAACAAUGCUUAUAUUGAACAUUUGGAGUCUUGUUAGUCUCUUUGAACUCUUGAUUCUAUAGUUCCUGGAGUUCGGAUGCUCCUACAUCUCUCUGUGUCGUGUUUACCCCUCCAUAUAUCCUGUAGAGUCAACACCAAAGAAGUUCUGGACCUUCAGCAUUUUAGUGACAUGUUUCGGUGCUUAUGUUUCAUAAGUUGAUUGUAACUUUCAUUUUGAAAUUUUCUUCAUGCUUGUUUGUGUGAGUUUGCAUUUGCUCGGUGAUUUUUGUGUGAGCCAGGGUCUCAAUGUUCUUGUCAGGAUGUUUGCAAAACAACAGUGGUUGUAUAUUUACCUGAUCAGGGUAGUCAUUUUCAGUAAGUUAUUUUUAGAGUUGUUGAUGGAUUGGGAGAGGGUAUGGCUGCUGGUUUGAGUUAAGGAAAUGCAAAUAUUUUCCUUAAUUAGUUAAAGUGGUUGAGAGUGAUCAUUUAUGAAACUGAAGUAGCAAAUCAGGAUCAGUAAAAUGAACAGCAAGAU